AUAUAUAUAUAUACAUUUUAUUUUAUGUACGGGUGUAUAUAUCUGCAAGUAUACAGUGGGAAAAAUCAGGGAACUCCAUUUCAGCUCGCCAUUCGAAAAGGGUUUUAUUUUGAUCUGUUUGCACAUUUUUAUAUUAUCUAUCGACUACGAAUAAGCUCCUCAUUGUGCAUAUGAUCUAUGUUCAAUGAUGAUGAGCCGUUGUCCUUCAAAAAGAUGCACGAAUUUUCCACGACAGAUGGUUUCGUGGAGAUAGCUGAUAACUUGGCAGACAUGGUAAAAUUCGUGGCAAACGAACCGUGUGUGGGGCUUUUCUACGUUCAACAGCACGUCCGUAACGCGGUGCCCAACCUCGUCAAUCUCAAAAGUAAGGUUGCGGAGAAAUCUCACGGGACAACUUUACAUGCAGAAGAUUUGGAGGAUUCUAUCGCCAUGGCUAGAUCGAUGAAGGACUGUGGCUUCCCGAUUGCUGAAGGGAUGAUUAAGGACAUCCGACAUUCCCUCACCGUCCUGUCAGCAAGAGACGGGAACGGGAACGGGAAGAAAGGGUUGAUAAAUAUGCGAAGUUCAAGUUUUCGGGUCGGGAGAGGUAGUACUUCUUGGGGCCGUUCAUCUCCCAAACCCGAUGUUGAGAGAGGCGGGUAUCUGUCAAACGUGUUUAGAUCAGUUAGAGAAAAACCGAGCAGUAUCAAGUGGCCUCAGCUCGAACCCAGAGAAAAGGCGGGUGAGCCUUCUUUUACCUUUCGGGCCCACACACCAUCGGCUUUAGACGCGAGCUCCUCGUCGACUGUUGCAGAUGCAGACAGCGAUGACCUGCCCGUGUCGAGUCAGAUAGGCGAGGAUGGACAUGAGGUGCGGGUGGAUAGAAGCCUGUUUCGGGAUCACCGGAUUCUUUCGUCCUCGAAGAGCUAUGAGGAGUUGAAUUCAGAAGCGAGAUUGGAACAUUGGUUGGAAGGGACAUCUAAUCCCAGUGCUGAUUAAUUGCUUGAAAUUUGCAGAUGCAGAUGUGUUAUAAUUGUAGUUUCUUGUGAAGAGUCUCUCUAUCCCUGAUUCCCUGUAUCUUUGUUGGGGAAUCCUUGUACUACUGGAAUAAAUGUCGGAGAAAGAAAGAUGGGAAUCAAUAAUGGUUAAAUUUAGAGUGACUGUAAAUUUCCAAUAAUAAAUUUCCCAGAUUUUGUUAUUAUUGUUUUUCAA